CCCCUUAAAACAUUUUCUGUUGAGCAGGAGAGAUAUACAUGCACUCUGUGUGGAGAAAAAAGUGUCAUGGAUCUUUCAGCUCCGCAGAGGAAAAAAGUGGCUAUUAUUGGAGGAGGUUUGGUGGGUUCUUUAAAUGCUUGCUUCUUUGCAAGAAGGGGCUUUAUAGUGGAAAUAUAUGAAACCAGACCAGAUAUCCGUGAUUCCAAUACAGCUCGUGGCAGGAGCAUUAAUUUGGCCUUGUCUCACAGGGGACGGCAGGCUCUCAAGGCUGUUGGGCUGGAAAAGCAGAUUGUGUCUAAAGGCAUACCUAUGAGAGCAAGGAGAAUUCACACGCUCUCAGGCAAACAAUAUUCAAUUCCAUAUGGGACAAAGAGCCAGUACAUUCUCUCUGUGGAUAGAGCAAAUUUAAACAAAGAUCUGCUAACUGCUGCUGAGAAAUAUCCCAAUACUAAAUUAUACUUUGGACACAAACUGCUUCACUGCAAUGUGGAACUGGGAACACUGACCUUUUCAGGAUCAGACCAGAUGUCAAAAGAAGUCACUUGUGACCUAAUUGUAGGCUGUGACGGAGCCUUUUCUACAGUUAGGAAGCAGUUCAUGAGACAAACGCGUUUUGACUACAGCCAAGUAUAUAUUCCUCAUGGAUACAUGGAACUGAAAAUACCCCCAAGGGAUGGAAAUUUUGCAAUGGAACCAAAUUAUCUCCACAUCUGGCCCAGGAAUACAUUCAUGAUGAUUGCACUGCCAAACCUGGAUAAGUCAUUCACAUGCACUCUCUUCAUGCCUUUUGAUGAUUUUGAAAAGCUCACAACAGGAGACCAAGUGCUGGAUUUCUUCAAAAUGUACUUUCCGGACACAGUUCCUCUGAUAGGAAAGCAAGAACUGAUGCAAGAUUACUUUUUGUUACCAGCCCAGGCCAUGGUCUCUGUGAAAUGCUCCUCGUUCCACCAUGGCUCUCGCUGUGUGCUGAUGGGAGAUGCGGCCCAUGCAGUCGUGCCCUUCUACGGACAAGGCAUGAACGCUGGAUUUGAAGACUGCCUGGUUUUUGAUGAGUUAAUGAACCAGUUCCAAAAUGAUAUAUGUAUUUGUCUCCCAGAGUUCUCAAAGCUGAGAGUACCUGAUGAUCAUGCAAUUUCAGAUUUAGCUAUGUAUAAUUAUAUAGAGAUGCGGGAGCAUGUCAAUUCAAAGUGGUUCAUUUUCCGAAAGUACAUUGACAACUUUCUUCACGCCCUCUUCCCCUCCACUAUCAUCCCUCUGUACACCAUGGUCACAUUCUCCAGAAUUCGAUACCAUGAAGCUGUUCAAAGAUGGAAAUGGCAGAAUAAGGUAAUUAAUAGAGGCCUCUUUCUCACUGUGGCUGUGACAGCAGUAAGUGGCAUCUAUCUGCUCAGAAGUGGUAUUAAGCUACAAAUUGACGUCUGUGUAGAGAACCUGUGGAAAUGGACACUUAGCCUCAGAAAAUUUGGAAAUGUACCACUGGUUACCCAAAAGUGUUAAAAGCAACAGAAAG